GGCUGCUCUCACAAAGUGUUUCCACCAGAAGGUGAACGGUACGACGUCGCGCUCGGUCCCGCAAAAGUUCGAGAUUUGAAUUGUUGGGAACGGUUUUUUUUUCUUCAUUGCCGCUGCUGUACACAGCGAGAUAUGUGAAGUCGUCAAGCGGUUAAGUCGGUCGAUAUUUGAGCCGCUUCAAGUGCAGUGAUAAUUUGAAUUCCAGUAGAGAUUUGAAACUGAAAACUUCCAAAACAGAGAGAAUUACUGAAAAUUAAAUAGUGUGACGAUUAUAAUCAAAGUGAUGAAAUCUUUCGUAAAAGUUAGUUGCAGCUGGUAACGAUGCAGCAUGCGAGCUUUGUGCACUGUCAGCGCGCCCCUCGAGGUUUGCGCACCACCGUCCCGCCCUCUGCCUCCGGGUACCAGAUUUCUAGCUUUAAAAUUAUUAGGAACACCACAGCCACGUACACUCUACUUCCUAGUCGAAGCAAAAAGUCGCGUCCGCGAAGUAUACGCACAAACAUGCCAUCACUUCUCCAAACAGGGCAUGCUGGACACCGAACUGUUUGGUCUAGCCGUGCUGAUAGAUGGCGAAUACUUGUUUGCCGACCCCGAGAGCAAGUUGUCCAAAUACGGACCAAAAAGCUGGCGUUCGUCACAUACGCACGGCUUAGACGCAAACGGCAAACCUCUCCUGGAACUACACUUCCGUGUGCAGUUCUACAUCGAGAGCCCACUAAUGCUAAGAGAUGAAGUGUCCCGACACAACUACUACCUGCAGCUCAAGUACAAUGCCAUCAACCGGGAUCUUCCGAAAGAAUAUUCCGAACAAUCGUUACUUCUCCUCGGCGGCCUUUCCCUUCAGGCAGAUCUUGGCGAUUGUCCGGAAGAGAAUGGAAUCGUUGUCGAUGGAACCAGCAGUACAAGCGGCAGCACUAGCAACUCUAGUAGUACAAGCGGAACUACCACUAGCACAACCACUUCUGGCAAUGGUUGUGGCAUCAGCAACAUCAACAACAGCAACAGUGGUAGUACCAAUAGCAAUGGUAGUACUAGUACCAGUAAUAGCAACAACAAUAAUAACAGUAUCACUAGCACUAGUAGCAGCACUAGUAACAACAACACAAUCACCUGCAACGGUAGCAAUGAAUACUUCAGGCCGGAAGACUACAUCAACCCAUCGCUGCGGUCAGCAUGGGGCAUUUCGGCACUCAACUCUUGCCAUCGGGAAAACCGCGGAAUGUCUCGAGCUGAUGCAGAAACCCACUACAUAAGAGAGGCUUGCAACCUCAACGAAGCCAUCAACGCUCAUGUGUUCCGCAUGAAGCAGAACAAGAACGAAACCGGCAUGGGCUCAGUAUCGCUAAGUAUCUACGCGAAAGGAAUUCGUAUCGCAGCGGAUAACUCCACGGCAACCACGUUCAAUUGGCCCAGCAUCGGCAAGCUGAGUUUUGAUAGGAAAAAGUUUGAAAUUCGCUCCGGCGAAACGAAAAUCACACUGUACUCGGUUAACGACGACAAAAACAAAAUGAUAUUAGCAUUGUGCCGGGAGACGCAUCAAUUUUCCAUGAAAAUUGCUCCACGUCUUACAGAAGCCAUGAAACGAGAAGAAGAGGAAAGUAGCUGCAUUCACGGCUACCCAUACCUGUACUCUCGGGCACUGAAUCUACCGUACAAAAGCAAAAGUGACCAGCGAAUAUCGGUCAUUUCCAGCACAAGCUCUAAUACUACCUCCGGUAUUGUAAGCGAUCGAGUUCAUUCCGAAGAUGAAUUGGAAAUAAUCAUCAAUACGCCACCUACAGCAACACUCGCAGCCCCUUCGACGGAAAGUCUAGCGCUAGCUCAUCUACUCGAUUGUCCUAGCGUAAGCCGGCAAACUUCUUCCGUUGGACAGGUGUCCCUCAAGGAUCUAGAAGGUACACUUGCGGCUUUGUCAAUGCGGUCGAGUACCACUGUUCGGUCAGUAUCCAGCAAUGAAGGAACUGAUACGAAAGAAAGAACCGCGAAGGAAUGCGAGUCUUCUCCGUCAUCGCAACAUAAUAUUGGAUCACAAUGUUCGUCGACAUGCAGUACUGUGGUCGUUGCUACCGAUUGUAUAAGCUUACCUCAAAACAACACCAGGGGUUCAAUCGAACGACGUCAGACAUCAACGUGCAGUAGUUUAGAACUUGGUUACAGUCAUACGGCCCAGAACAGUACGCUCAGCGUGGCAACUAGUACUUGUAUAGAUCAUGACAUCAACGAGGAAGAAGAGGAAACCAAUUCGGGAGUCUAUACACUGGCUCAUGCGCCUCCCACGGAAACCAGUGGAGUGUACACAAUGAACAGCAGUGAAAUGACGGGUCAGUCUUCAGAGAUUGCAGAAUCAGAGUCACACGAAAGCUCUCACUACGGUAGCUUCCAACCAUGCCAAAGUGAGCUAGCUGAACCUCUGGAGCCAGUCGACUCGGUAGACGGAGAUUACAGACCACGUUUGGACAGCGAUAUCAACGAGUUCCGAUUACGAUCAGAUUCUAAUGUGUCUGCAGCAGGUUCAUUCAGAGGCGAUGGAAGUGAUCCAACUGACAAUAAACACACACUGUUGAGUGCGGAAGAAUUGACCGAUUUGAUCGUAGGUCGAGGGACAUAUCCAUCGAGAAAAACAGUGAGCCACACUCUUGAUUCCGAUUGUGAUUACGUGACGUUGCCGUUGCCAUUGGAGGGCGAAAGUUAUCUUCAAGGGAGCGAAGACACUGCUCCUACGGAAGAUGAAUAUGAUGACGAUAUUCUACCCCCUGCUCCUCCGAAGAGAAUCGACAGCAACAUGCCAGCACAGCGGCAAUCACUAUUGAAUCUAGUUAGCUCCAAUGAUUCACCUCCUCCACCACCUCCACCUUAUAAUGCGCAUCACGAAACCACGGGCUUGCGUGGACCAGAUAUUCGUCCAGACGAAGCGCCCGUCAUUCCUCUUAGGGACCCUCCUCCAUAUCCCCAAAAACCAACAACGAUAGUAAGGGAACGAUCAGUUCCGCCUCCCGUCAUUCCGGUGUGUGCAUCGUCUAGCAUACAAGUAUCUGCUAUACCAGAGGAAGUCCCGGCACGUUUUAUUACCACUAGGUCUCAGAUCAACAUUCUGAAGGCUCAUACCAGUGUAGUUGGCGAAACCGCAAAGCCAAGCUAUGCGGCACCAACAGUCAACAACAUCAGUAAUCUAUCGCAGUCCCCACUUCCCACAACGGUUACGACAACGUCAACGACGCCCAGCGCACUUGGCAUACCGGUCGUUCCAUACCACAAAAGCAUUACCUCGCCUCCACCACCAUAUCCAGAAAUGCCGAAACCACCGCAUCGAACAUGCGUCUUGCUACCGGUGAUCAAACCUCGACAAUAUCACCCACCUCCACCACCAUCAAUGCCACGACAACCUCCACCACCACCCCCAGCUCAUUCACUAGCUACUGUGUAUACCGGGCAACUUGCGCGGUCCCAGAUCGAACUAUAUCAACAACAACUCUACAGUGACGUAGAUUAUGUCAUCUACCCGAUCCAGGAUCCCUCAAUUAGUCAGCAGGAGUAUCUUGACGCCAAACAAGGUUCAAUACUAGCAGCAAUGGCCCAAAGUCCCCCUCCACCACCGUAUCUUGCCUAUCACACAGUUCGAGCCCAUAACCGAAGCUGGGAAGCAUGCAAGAACCAUGCCAUCUAUAGAAGCACCCCAUAUCUCUCUAUGGCAUUAUCAUCAAACUCACGUUACGCUUCUACACAAAACCUUUCCGACACCUACGUUCAACUACCCGGAGCGUACUCUCCCUUAUACAGCCCAUCUGUGGCUAGCCUUUGCUCAUCAUAUGAACCACCUCCACCACCUCCGUUACGCCCAAGACCAGUAUCCAGUAGUUCGUCGUCCAUGUUUGUGAGAUCUCGAUCCGACGACAACAUUCUAAACUCCGUCGAAAGCACUCCCAAAAUAAGGCGACUUCCACCUCCACCACCACCACCACCAUACGAAUCAAGAAAAACUACUCGAAAGCCACCGAUACCUCUUCCUACUCCUGAGAAACAAACGCCACCAGCUGUGAAAGCUGUAGCUACCAUAUCUAAACCUCCAGAAGUCCCAGCGAAGCCCACUCCCACGAAACCAUGUGGACCGAGUGCAAAACUACAAGCUCAAAUCAGGAAGCAAUAUCCGGAUAUCGAUUUCAGCACAUCCAUCGACAUUAGGACUCUGCGGGAGAAAAGCAAAAACCUUGAUCUUCCCCUCAUAUCUGCCCUAAUGCAUGAUCGGUCCCUUUUGAAACAGACGCGGGCCUUCGUAAUGCCCAAACAUCCCAAAGCUGGCCUCAACAGCUCACCCAAUGGCGUCAGCAAUGUCGCCAAUACCAGUCCCAGCCAGCAAAAUCUCCUGAACCACAAGACCAACAAAUAUCCGGUGUCCGGUCUGAGCACCACCCAGCUUGCCAAACCCCGCAAAUCAUCUAUCGUGAGCCAUCGGCAUCCGAAUGAUAAGCUGCCACCGCUACCGGGUCAAACGGCAACCGAGGGUAACAACUACGUGAUGGAUCCAUCGACUCCGGCCAAGCAAAAGAGCUACAGCUCCUCACAACCCAGUGCCUGAAAUUUCAGUAUCAACACAAACGCUUGGCCGUCGGUUGACUAUUGCAGCCAUCAACGUCGUUGUCAGAUCAAAUACGAUAAUUUUACGCUGAAAACGAUAGACUUUUACAUUUGGAAACCUAUUGUGUCAUGCUAAAGCUAAGAUAGUAGAUUUUUGUCAUCUUAAUCGGGAGAGAAAAGUUUGUGUUACUUGCAUUUUUAUAAAAUGGACCUAUAAUUUGUUGUACUACUUUCUCCUUUAGGAUAAAAACCAAUCCAUGAAAAUCGAAAGGAAGUUUUGGAACGAAACUCUGUACGUACUCUGUUUCUUUCCAAAAAUGAACAUUAUCGCUGUUAAUUUUGAUCAAAUGUAGUAAUUCUCUCUGUCAAAAGACACACCAAACACCUCCAUCGUUCCAUGCUUUCUUUCGGUUUUCAAAUCCAUAGUGCGAGCUAAAAUCGGCCGAAUGUCAGCUCACGAAUAACAAGCAUCUAAACACGGACACAUAUUAGAUUGUUAACACAAAGUAUCUUUCUUUAGUGGAAUGUACUCAGGAUAUUUUUAUAAAAACAAAACUCGUUCUCUGAUUUGAGUGUAAGUGUGUAAAUUGGUUUUAGCAAAAAGAGAAGUAGAAAGGCACACAUAGUAUCACUGUUCCGUAAACAGAAAUAUCUAAUAGGUACAAAAUUGUUUAUCGAUCAACUAUUUGGCAUUGAAUUCUUUCCGAACCUUAAACCGUUUCGAAAAUAUUCCAUUAAAUUCGUGCCAAAUUUACCCGCUAAGUAGAGUUCAUCCUAAUCGUAUCGAAAAUCUGUAGAAUAGAUAGAGUAAAUUGAAAGCACAUACAAGGAGGACAAGACUAAUAAUGACUUAGAAUAAAGCAACUUUAAGAAGUGAAUGCAAAGCAAUAACUGAAACCCUCUGUCACCGGAAUGUUGACGGACACGCUGUAUAAAUAGAAUUGAUCUACCUAUCUAGAAGGAAAAGCCCUUGUAAUUCUGGAAAAUUGGAACAAAAAUCUCGAAGAAUCAAUACACUCAAAGUGAGUCGCCAUAUUUAUUUGUUACUGCAAGAGGUGAAAAAGAUUUAGCCAAGAAUGAGCGCGAAGUAGAAAUGAAUGAGUGCGCUUGUGAGGAGAACAUUUUCUUUGGAUAAGCAGAAACCCGGUUAAUACAAAAAAUAUAGUGAGCUAGACAGGGGCAAGUUUAUGAUCAUAGUACAUUUUUGCUCAAAAUACCUAUUGUAGGCAACCUUUGGUGUAAGUGGUGCACAUGUGCAUUGGUUUAGGUUACGUUGAAUUUUAUUUAAAAUAUUUUAUUUUAACACCGUUUCGAGCGAGAGAUAAUGGCGUGUAUUUUUUACUAGGGAACCAUUGACAAAAGAAAACGAGUACGAACUGUUUCUAGGGAGUAGUAAAGUAAUCGUUAUGUUUUCCUAUAGAUAUUUUAAAUAGUUUUUUAUUAACAUUCUCUCUACUCAACACAACACAGCUAAGGUUGACAUAUGUACAGAACAGGCUAGCGAGAUAAGCUACUAGUAGGUUAGAAACUAUUUGAAUUUUCUUCUUUAUAAGAAAAAAUCCAGAAAA